AUGACGAGUCUGCAGAAAUCGCGCUGGGCGCCCGCAUCAAACGAGAACAACAAAUCACCAUCAUCAUCCUCAUCAAGACCCUCAGCCCUCCUCUCCCCAACCGCCGAACUCUCCCGGUUCAUCAAGAUUGUGGCGCGGCUGAAAUGGAAGCUCCCGUUUCUGGCCGAGGGGUACCGCCUCGCGACGCACCCGCCCGACACUGGAAUUGACGUUGCCCAGGCCGAGAUUAUGUUCAAGCUGGAUUUCCACGAGUACUAUGCCUUGCUCGAGCGCGCACUUGUCCAUCUACUGGGUGUGUUUGGGAUUGCGGUUUCGGGCGUGCCAAAGAAUGCGGGGUGGGCCGGUCCGGCUUCGCAUCGGUACCACGCGAAUGUUCUCGACGCGCUGGAUGCGAAGAGUAGUCCGUUGAGAUCCGUUCUGGGGAGCGGCGAGCGGUUCACGCAGCUGAAGCGCGCGAAAGAGUUGCGCAAUCGGUGGAAGACCGCCGACCUCUCGCAAGAGGAGAAGGAGCGGGAGGAGGCGGGGUUUUACAGCGUGAGAGCGCAGAAAGUGAUGCCGCUGGAAAGCUACGAUCUUGAGAAGAUACUCACAGUCAUCUUCGAGGGGCUGGAGGAUGCCUACCGCCUUGCAGAGACAUAUGCGGCGGAGCACGACACGGUUUCCAACGGUCGCGGCGAGGCUGGAGGCACCGAUAUGGACUGGGACUUUAUCGUCGAUGCUAUGGAUUGGGAGGCUGUGUGA